UUUGUAUACAUCAUUAAAAGCAAAAAACAUUUAAAAUGUUUACAGAAUUAUUCGCGGUGUCACUGAUGACUAUUAUUAAUCUGCAAGAAAUUUAUGGACAUGGAAUGAUGAUGGAUCCUGUAAACAGGAGCAGUGCCUGGAGAAAGGGCUUCCCCGUAAAGCCUAACUAUACUGAUAACGAAAAUUUCUGCGGUGGUCGUACUAUUCAGCACAUAAAAAAUGGGGGCAAAUGCGGAGAAUGCGGUGACGAUUAUUCUCUACCUCGACCACGGCCAAACGAAAAUGGUGGGAUUUAUGGAACCGGAAUCAUCGUUCAAAAAUACAAAGCAGGCUCUACUAUCGAUGUAACUGUUCGUCUCACAGCCAGUCACUUGGGUAACUUCGACUUCAGCCUCUGCGAGUUGAAAACAAAGACGGAAUUGGAAACAGAAAAGUGCUUUGAUCAGCAUCGUCUUUUAUUAGCGGACGGUAGCGGUUACAAAUUCCCUGUUAGCGGACCAAAAGAAUACGUCAUCAAACUGGUUCUACCAAAAGAUCUCACAUGUGAACAUUGCGUACUCAGAUGGAACUAUCGCACUGGAAACACCUGGGGCACCUGUGAAAAUGGAAAACAAGGCAUGGGUUGCGGUCCACAAGAGACCUUUAGAAGCUGUGCUGAUGUUUCUAUUACAAAUUAAUAUGCACUAACUUCAACACAUUUGAAUUAACAUUUUUAUUAAUCUUUUGAAACCGACUAGUUAAUGUUUAUAAAAGUUAUUAAUUAAGAAAUUCGGAUUUUUAAUUAUUAAAAAUCUGAUCUCUAUCAAGACUUAACAAUGAUGCAUGCGUUUAAUAUUUUUAAUAAUUGUGGGAAUAAUAAAGAAGUUUG